ACUUGUGCUGUGUUGAAUGGACGAUUGAAGAAGACAUUAAUUUAUUAAAAAUGUAAUAAAAAAUUGUUUGAAUUACCAAUGUCAAAUCAAAUCGUACUACGUAACCUAAUCGUUUCAUUAAAAGUUUCCUAAAAACGUUUAAAGUUAAUUUCAUAUGAAUUAAAUAAAUAGCGACCUUGCACUUCAACAGCUGUCAACCAGCAGGAGUGAGACAAGAAUGGAAUAAACAAAAAAUACAAUAAUAUAUUUUCAUCAUGAGGAGCGUAAGUUCCCAUCUUCUAGAAGAUAAAAUGGAUGAUGCCGUUACACAUUAUAUCAAUUCGCACCAAUCUACAGAGGCAGUGCAUGUGGAUGCCAAUUCUCUUGCACUCAACGUGCAGGACGACGGCGGUGGUAGGGUGGUGACAGUGAUGCAGCCCCUCAGCUUCUCAACAUCACAAAUGUGCAGACAAGUAUCAGUCAAUGAUCAAGUGAGUGAGGGUCAAUGGAGUGAAGAACUUAUGGACCCUGAAAGUAGAUUGGCAGCUAUAGUGGCACACCUCUCACGUCCAUCAAAUCAUCAAACACAUCACAAGAUAUCUGCAGUCAGGAACGAUGUAGACACAUCAGUUAUAUUAGAUGCACCUAUGAGACUGUAUAAUGGACCACCAUUGGAUAGUACUAUGUUGACGGAGCAAGAUAGACAAGUACUAGAUAUAGCAGCCAGCGCAUCUCCAGUACAAAACAAACAUCAAAGUAAAAAGAGUCUUCCGCAUAAGAAGAGGAUCUCGAAAAAGUUGAAAAGAAACACGGGAAAUAGUACUCCGCAACAAGAACAAAUAGUAGUGAUACAUUGUAACCCGCAAGUAUCACAGGAGGAGAUUCUCCCCGAUAACUUUGUUGGUGGUGUUCCUCAUCCGGACCAUCUUGCACCAGACCCGCACCACAUAGCUCAUGAUAUGCGACCAAUUCUGCUGUGUCAGUUGUGUGGUGAGUUCUAUGGAGAGGAUCAGGUCAAGUUCUACCAUCACCUCCGGCAGCACUACGAGCCUCAUGGCACCAUCAUCAUUGAGAACCCAGUUCCAGACCUCUCCAUUGAUAAGAUGAGCAACACAUGUAUAGUAGAUAAUGUACAAACUCUCCCCGACUCGCUCGUUGAACUGUCUCUAGAGAAUACAGUGCCAAAGUCUAUAUACCAACCCAUAGACAAACAUAUAUUGUAUACGACAAGUGACAAGACUCUAUCCUGUCACAAUAAGGUCCAAUAUACAAUGGCAGGUGAGAAGGAACUACCUCAGGAUAACAACAAAACAGAUUUGUAUGAUACAUUCGGGAAGCUGGAUCUGUACAAUUGUCCCAAAUGUGAUAAGUCCUUCAAGAAACAGAAGCAAUGUGAGGAACAUGUUAAAGAUGCACAUUUGAAUCCUAAGCUGGAGGACAUGGGUGAGUUCAGCGAGCCGGAAGACCUGAUGGCCGGCAUCCAUGUGGCUGUGGAAGACGGCGAGCAGUACGAGCCCACACUGCUGCCUCACCUCGUGGUAGAGAAUGGACAUGUACACCAGGACCACGUCAGGCACUGGUAUAUGCGCGGCAGCGGCGAGAUGUGCUGCGACGCGCCCGACUACUGCGCAGUGUGUCCCGCCCCGCCCCCCGCACCUCCUCCCUUACCGCCCCCACCUCACCUCGCCCCGCCCCCGCCUGCGCCCGCCCCGCCCCCUCCACAGCCAGCCCCGCCCCCGCUCGCACCAGCCCCGCCCCCACUCGCACCCGCCCCCUUACCUCCAGUCAGUACACCCGCAACUAUGAACGGACAGUCACCGCAACUUAAAGAAGAAGUUCUUCAACGGAUAUUUGAAAGCGAAGUGCCGAAUCAGGAGACUCCUUUUACAGCAAUAAUUGAAAAUCCAUCGGAGCCCCCCAAACCACCGGAGCCUCCGCGCGAGGAGCAGAAGACUAAAGCGCCCGGUGGCAAGAAGAAAGCUCUGAAGAGAUUCGAAUGUCCGCUGUGCGACCGAGUGUUCCACCACAGGAACAGUCUGCUGUACCACAUGCUGAUGCAUGGAGAGAAGCAGCACUUCUGCAAGGACUGCGACAAGGGAUUCUACACCGCCGCAGCUUUGAAGGUACACCGUCGUGUGCACAGUGGCGACCGGCCAUGCGCCUGUGACGAAUGUGGUCGUAACUUCCGUCAGUGGAGCGACCUCAAGUACCACAAAGCCUCCAUACACUCCGACCAGAAAAACUUCAAAUGUGAAUUCUGUGACAAGGAAUUCGCGCGGCGAUACUCGUUAAAUGUACAUCGACGUAUUCACACCGGCGAGCGUAAUUACAAGUGUGACUACUGUAAUAAGACAUUCCGCGCCUCCUCAUACCGCCUCAGUCAUAUGCGUACACACACAGGUAGUAAACCUUACAAGUGCCCGCAGUGCGAGAAAUGUUUCCGAGUCGCGUAUGACCUGCGCCGGCACAUGCUCAUACAUGAGAAGGUCCGCCUCAGGGUUGAUGAGAUGAAACCCAAAUCCAAAGAUUCCAAGGAUAAAAAAUCCAAGCCCGAAGAACCCAAGCCCAAGGCACAGGAAGUGAAACCAGCAAAGAAAUCUGCUGCUAACCGUCUUCCUAUACUAAAGAGUAUGUUAGACAAGAAACCUACAAAAACAACAAAGAAAACUCAAACUAAGAAAGGUGCUCCAAAUGUUACCGUUGCAACUAAUAAAGAUGUUGCAAUGAAAAUAAACGAUAAAUAUACGAAUAACGUCGAAGUAUUUGAUACUAGACAAGUUGAAUACAAUAAAUAUAAAGAUGUAUUUGAAUACAGAGGCAACGAGGUGUUGCAAGGUUAUAAAAAAGAUUAUUCCGAAGAAAUGGUGUACAAAGAAAGUGAUCGGUUGACUGAAGAGAGAGAAUUAGCAGUACUAAGACCUAUGUUCCGGAAUACUCCACCAAUAGAAGAGUUGGAGAAAAAUAAUAUGAGAUCGGAGAACACUGAUGGUAAUUUCCAAGUGUUUACACACAUUGAGAAGAACACGGAUGGAAAUUUUCAUGUAUAUACACAUGCGGAUAAAAGUAAAAAUUACAUAAUUCCUACAAGUGCCUCGCAAUCUGAUAUGAAAUUGGAUAGAGAACUGAUUAGGGAAGUGAGAAAUGAUGGACUUUCUUCGGAUAAUAUGGACAAUGUGUUUUUAGAAAGGUUAAGUGCGUUUUACAAUAUAACGGCAGUUUGAAAGUGUUGUGUAUCAGUGUGUACCCGAAGUGGGACCAAAUAGUGAAAUUGAAGUUUGUGUUCUUAUAUUUAAGUGUAAAGGUAAGAUCUCUUUGGUCUAUAAUUAUAUUUAGGGUAUGAUAAGGUUAGGUUAUAAACAUACAAGAUAAUGGGAAAAAGUAAUGUUUGAAAA